AGAAGGUCGAGGUACUACUUCUGUCGACAGCUAUGGAGUAUUGUUACCACCGAUGAACCAUGCGUAUCUCUCUGCACUGACAAUAUCGUGGCAGUAAGCACUCUAAAUAAAUAACUGGAGCCAUGGCUACCCCUCAACCCACCAUCCCGCAUCUAGCGAACCUCGGCUCAACCCCAACUUUAUCAAAAGCUCUAGACCCAUGAGGUCCUCUCAUCUAGACCUCCAUGUACCAUAAUGUCCAAGUCAAAGACUUUGCCUGAAGCUCAACUUCCGCCCAAGUGGCAGCUUGUCGCGUGGCAGAAGAAAGAUGAACAGGAUGCCCGGAUCCCACAUGAAUGGCGAUUGCACAGCUUGCCGUCCUCUAGUGUAACAAACUACACUGACAUCCCCCGCAAGUGUGGGCUGUUGAGUAAAGAAGAACUAGAAGUCACGGAGGAAUACGAUGCAACUGCGCUUGCGGAUGCGAUUAGAGACAAGAGGUUGAAGUGCGUCGAUGUCGCAAGUGCAUUUUGCAAGAGAGCAGCCAUUGCGCAACAACUCACCAACUGUCUGACUGAGAUCUUCUUCGACGACGCACUGAAAAGGGCCCAGGAAUUAGACGCGCACCUGGCCUCUGGCAAACCACCGCUAGGCCCACUUCAUGGCGUCCCUGUCUCUCUCAAAGACACGUUCAAGGUCCGCGGCUACGACGCAUCCAUCGGACUCGCGAGUCUCGCUUUCAAACCGGCAGAGGAGAACUCCAUUCUGGUCGACUGCUUGCUCAAUGCGGGAGCAAUUCUGUACUGCAAGACCAAUGUUCCACAAACCCUCAUGGCACUAGACUCGCACAAUAACGUCUUCGGGCGCACUAUCAACCCGCUCAAUACUGCCGUCACUGCUGGUGGUAGCUCAGGUGGCGAGGGUGCGCUGCUCGCAAUGCGUGGUUCCGUACUGGGAGUGGGCACGGAUGUUGGUGGCAGCAUCAGAAUUCCAGCCAUGUGCGAUGGCACGUACGGUGUCAAGCCAAGCUGGGAACGCAUUCCAUAUGCGGGUCAAGAAGGCGGUGCACUGCCUGGUGCAUCGAAGAUUGGCAUUCCGGCUAGCGCUGGACCGCUGGCACAUUCUAUGCGCGAUAUCGAUCUAUUCUUCCGUGCAGUCGCAGAGCAGAAACCAUGGCUACUUGAUCCAGAUACAGUACCCAUACCAUGGACUUCGCUCACUUCAACAUCAAGCGGAGGGCAAAAGCUGCGGAUCGGUGUCGUUAGACGAGAUGGAGUCAUUGAUCCGCACCCACCCAUUGCGCGACUACUCGAUGAGGUCAAGGUAAGGAUGCAGAAAGCCAGCAUCGAAGUCGUGGAAAUGGACAUUACACCCCUAUUCUUGCAGUGCCAGUCCCUUGCCAAUGCGCUGUUUGGCAUCGAAGGUGGCAACGCCAUGUUCGAUCUCCUCGAGGCCGCCGACGAGCCGCUGUCCCCAUGGAUCUCUACCCGACUAAAACGUAAGAAGCCAAUAGACCUUGCCAAACUUCAGGAGCUUCACGGUAAGCGAGAGCAACUGCGAAAAGAAUUUUUGCAGAUAUGGAAGGACAAGCACGGGGAGAUAGAUGCGUUCAUCUGUCCUGUUGCACCCCACCCUGUACCGCCAAUCGACCGAUACAACGGUGUGAGCUAUACGAGCUCGUUUGUGCUGAUGGAUUAUCCUGCGGGCGUUAUUCCCGUGCGGAGUUUCACGAAAGAGGAUAUGGAGGGUGAGAUGUCCACGACGAAGCCGUUGGGCAGCUGGGACAAGGCAAAUAGAGAACUCUGGACGGAUUUUGACCGUUCGGUUUACAUUGGCACGCCUUUGUGCGUUCAAGUCGUCGCGCAAAAGUUGCAGGAGGAGAAGUUGGUAGAGGCCAUGUCUGCGAUUGAUCGUGCAUUGGUAACGCAGAGGCCGAUAAGCGCGAAGCUGUAAAGAUUGAGUGCAUGGGGAUGCCGAUUUAGUAGGCCAUUAUAUGGUACUUAUACAUUAAUCAAUUGGCUACACAAGGCUUGUGAGAGAAGAAGUAUUAUUUACGUCGCGAUUACGCAGAGAUAUGCACUUGUCAUUAUUUCCCCAAGGUUAUAGAUAUACGCGCUUGAAGGCAGUGCGUAAGCGUUUUGUUCUGGUGCGAGCAGAUUUAUGCGCAAAAGUGUAUUAUAUAGAUUAGCAGGAGUGCGCAUAUGUGCGCGUAUCUGAGCUUAGAGUAUACCCGC